AUGAAUAGCGCACUACAGUGCAUUUCCAACAUCCCACAAUUGACGAAUUUCUUCCUUGAGGACAUAUAUAAGAUCGAUUUGAAUACCGUCAGUGGGUUAGGUUCAAGGGGUCUUUUUGCGAGACGUUUUGCCAACCUCAUAAAACGCAUGUGGUCAGAGGACUCCACUGAGAAAGCCAUCUAUCCUCGUGAACUUACGAUGGCGAUAUGCAAUUAUGCUCCACAGUUCGCUGGAUACGAGCAGCAUGAUGCCCACGAAUUGAUGAUGCUUCUGCUCGACGUUCUGCACGAGGAUUUAAACAGGGUUCAACAGAAACCCUACAUCGAAUUAAAAGAUGCCGAUGGCCGUUCCGACGCUGUAAGUCAUUCCUCAUUGUUUCAUUUCCCCACCUACGCCAUUCGGCUUCCCAAUAUUAAAGGUCCAUGCACACGGCCUAAUGGAGAUAUCGUGUGCUUUUCUUCUUGUCUGUGA